ACAAUUAAAUUUUACAGAAACACACCCACUUAAAUAUCAAAUUUUACCAACUAAACAAAAUUUAUAACUUAUGAACGGCAAAGAAAAAUUUUUGAAAUUUAACAGAACACUCUGUGAAAGUUUCAAAAUUGUAAAUACACCCUCGAAUCAAAUUUACAAAAACACACAACAAAAUAUCAAACCUUUAAAAUAAAGCAAACUCUAUAACUUAUAAACAACAACGUGAAAUUUUUGAAAUUCGUAGAAAACACCCUUGAAGCUGAAAAAUCACUGGAUGCAGUACAAGGAAGCAACCAAAUUUCAAGACACUUUGUAUGCGCGCUAUGGUCAGCAGUUCUAUCGAGAGUGCAACAUCUCGGGCACUGUAGACUUUAUCUUCGGUGAUGCCUCCGACGUCUUCCAAAACUGCAUGAUCUACAUCAAAUUGCCAAUGCAAAAGCAAUACAAUAUCAUCACAGCCCACGGUCGUGACAAAGAAAACGAGGCUACAGGCUUUUCGAUGCAAAACUUUUCCAUCUUGUCGUGGCACGACCUUGUUGCCAGCAACGGGUCAGUCAAGACGUACUUGGGUCGACCGUGGAGGAAUUACUCAACCACGGUGUACAUUAGGUCGUAUAUGGACAGGAUCGUCGAUCCAAGCGGAUGGAGGAAGUGGUCAAAUGACGACAAUCCGGCAUUGUACAAGGUGCACUAUGACGAGUACGCAAAUUAUGGGCUGGGAAAUGGGACGCAACAAACAAGGAUAAAUUGGCCAAGAUUCCACUGGAUGCAGUACAAGGAAGCAACCAAAUUUCGAGUUUCUCAGUUUAUAAAUAGCAGUCAUAUAGGAUUCUUGUGGAAGGCAGCCACUGACUCCCAUUUAUAAACUGAGAAACUCGAAAUUUAGUUGCUUCCUUGUAUUGCAUCCAGUAGAAUCUCGGCCAAUUUAUCCUUGUUUGUUGCUUCCCA